AAGCAGAAGCUUUUUAGCUUUGGGGACGACGCUCAGGAUUAUAAUGUUUUUUUUCUCUCUUUUUGAGCAAGGAAGGCAUGACGAAGAUGGACUGCGCAUGGAAAGUUAGACGUGGGGGAGUUUGGUUUGGAGGUGUGGUAGACUAGAGAGAGAGAGAGAGAGAGAGAGAGAGAGAGGGAGGGCCGGGAGGUGCAGCUGAGCCUCAAGAUAAGGAAAUAUGACAGCCCACGGACAGCGGGCCAGACAAGGUGCGCUCGGCGAGGCUUCCGCCAGCUGAAACGGGAGCGAGACCGCGAACCGGCAUGGCCUCCGGCGGAUCCUUUAUGAUCACGCUGCUCUGCGUGGGCAGCCUGCUGUCCACCAUCACCUGGUACAUGAUCGACGACGAGAGCUCGGUGACCGCUCACAAGCCGCCCCCCCAGAAGAAAAGUCCCUCUCAGCCCUCUGCGCUUUGUAAAGGUUGCAGGGAACUGAUUGACGACGUGCUGAAGCGGCAUUCAGAAAAGUGGAAGAAGAACGACGACAACCACCGAACAUUUACGUCCAACCUGAGCCGCUCGUGCCGAGGGUACGACAGCGCCAUCGUCACGCAGGCCAACACCCCGGUGGGGACCAAGAUUCAGUACGAUGGAGAAAAGGGGAGGAUAUUGCAGGUGACGCCGGCCAUCUUCAAAACCUUCAUCAAGGAGCAUCCGUUCUCCAACCGGACGUUCGACACGUGCUCGGUGGUCGGCAACGGCGGCAUCCUGAUGGACAGCGGCUGCGGAAAGACGAUCGACUCGGCGCAGUUCGUCAUCAGGUGCAACCUGCCGCCUUUGAACGACGAGUACGGCAAGCACGUGGGCGUCCGGACCGAUCUGGUCACGGCCAACCCCAGCAUCCUCAAGGAUAAAUACGAGAGUCUGGUGGGACGACGGCGGAGCUUUGCGGAGAGACUCCAGAGCUACGGGAAGUCCCUGAUCCUCCUCCCCGCGUUCUCCUACUUCUUCAACACGGGGCUGUCCAUGCGGGCGGUCUAUACCAUGGACGACUUUGCCAGCCCCGCUCAGGGCGUCUUCUUCAACCCAGACUACCUGCGCAACCUGUCCCGGUUCUGGAACGCCAACGGCCUCAAGUCCCGCCGGCUCAGCACGGGCAUCAUGAUGGCCAGCAUGGCACUGGAGGCGUGCUCCACCGUGCACCUGUACGGUUUCUGGCCCUUCAGCAACCACCCGCACGGACUCUACCCGCUCACCAAUCAUUACUACGACGACAAGCCGGUGAACGCCAGGUUCCACGCCAUGCCCGUGGAAUUUGACCUGCUGCUCAAGCUGCACAGCCAGGGCGUGCUCAGGCUUCACCUCGGGGAUUGUCCGGCCCACUAGAAGAUCGGACGCACUUGAACUGGGCGGCCGGCGAAGGGAAGACAUGACACUGAAGACUUUUUAAACCUUUAAAAAUUAUUUAUUGCUGUGCGUCAUCCAGCUCGGGUCUGGAAUAGUUUUUGAUGGUUUAUUUAUUUUUUUUUUUUUAAAGCCAUUCCGAGGCCUUGGAGGCGGUUCACGCUGGGCCUUUUGUCACUCUGCUGUCAUUUUUUUUUUUCUUGAUUCCACACUCCGGAAAAUUUACAAACGAGUCAAGUCUGCGGAUGCCAAAGCAGCGAAAUCCGGCGGUCGAUAUUCGGGAUUCGAUUUCCAAUCUUUGCGCGGCUCGUUUUUGCGACUGAGCCUUAAGGCCAGCGACAACCGUUCUGGUCUCGGUCUUGCGGUCUGAAGGAGAAAAGGUACGUCUAAGGAAUGUCAGGUUCCAGGACUGGGGUCACAAAAGAUGAUUCAAAAUCCUCGUUGGUGUUCCUCUUCCGAGUAAUCCGAAACGCAGAUUGUCAGCACCUCUUUCAGGUCUCCCGGAAAAACCUAAAUUCUGGGAUCUUUGUCGUCACGGCCAUCUUGAUGCCAUCUGCCAAACGGGUCCCCUCGAUCAACACUUGUGAGCUUGGCAGAGAAGAAGCAAAAUGCCAGGUCCGGUGGGUAGAUCUGUUCUUCCAGCAAGGAGCUGCCGUUUCUCUCCAAUUGUUGAAACCAAAGGGACGGCAUCACUUUGUACAUGUGCCCACACAGAAGGGGAGAAAACUCCCGCUUUGGAGUUGGGAUCUUUCGGGUCACCAGUCCCGGAACUUUUCCCACACCCCUUGAACGCAUCCUGUUACUACGAAAAUGAAAAAUGACAACUUUAUCCUGGCCACGUUAAUUUUGUCUCAAGUGACACAAAUGCUAUUUUUGUAAUUGACACGUGACACGAUGAUGUUAUUUUCAUAAUUUAGCAACUUUCUCUUUUCCAUGUCAACAUGCCGACUUUUUUAUUGCAAUGUUCAAUUUGUAAUUUAUGGAAUAUUCCGCCAAACUUUACCACUUUUAAUUUGGGUACGACUCUUUACGCAUUUAUUUUUUUAUUCAAAAUUUUGGACUUUCUCCACUUUUUUUUUAUAUCAAUCAUUUAGAUUUAGAUUUUUUUUAAAUCCUAACAUUCAAACUUUGAAGGACCACUUCAACUUUUUGACGCUACCUUAUUUUUACGUGAAUUUUUCUUGAGUUUUUGGGGGGUUUUUUUCCGACAACAUCCUUCCUGUCCUCAUCAGGACGUUACAAUGUACAUAUUUUCUACCACUAAUUUGCAAAGAAAAGCCUGAAAAGUGGUACAAUACUUGAUUUUCUUUUUUAAAAAAUCCAAAUACAGUACUGGCGGCACGGUGGGAAAGCGUUGGCCUCACAGUUCUGAGGUCACGGAUUCGAUCCCGGACCUGCCUCUGUGGAGUUUGCGUGUUCUCUCCGUCCCUGCUUUGGUUUCCAGGUACUCCGUUUUUCUCCAAAAACAACUCUAAAUUGCCCCUAGGUGUGAUUGUGAGUGCGGCUGUUUGUCUCGAUGUGCCCUGCGAUUGGGUGGGGACCAGUCCAGGGUGUAACCCCGCCUCCUGCCCGCUGACAGCUGGGAUAGGAUCCAGCACUCCCGGCCACCUUCGUGAGGAUAAGCGGCUAGGAAAAUUGAUGGAUGGAUGAAUACAGUACUCAGUUGACAUAACUGUGAAUCAAGGACUAUGGUUGAGAAUUUUUGGGGUUUUAUUUUUCUUAACAUUGUACGGUUGCUGUCGUUCUUUGUGUCUGUCACAGAUUGUUUUUUUUUUUUUUUUUUUAAUAAGCUGAUAAUACUCACGCAAACACGCACCCACUUGCACAGACACUGGAGAUACUUGUAAGGACUCUUUAAUAAGCAAUAAAAUCAACCGGAAUACUGA